GAGAGACGCACUGAGGAGAAGGAAGAGAAGAGAAGAGAAGAGAAGAGAAGAGAAGAGAAGAGAAGAGAAGAAGUAAAGUACUGGAAUUGUGUAAAAAAAAAGAAAAGAAGAAAUACAAGUGGAGUCAAGAUAACGUGGUGUUCCUGCAUCUGGGGUUGGCUGUGACCACCAGUUGACAGAAACAAACCAUUCUGUGAGUCCAGUGGACACAACAAGGCCGCAAGACAGAAACAAAGAUGGCUGAGCCCCCAAAGAUUGAACUUUUUGUUAAGGCCAGCAUUGAUGCUGAGAGUGUGGGGAACUGUCCUUUCUGUCAGAGACUCUUCAUGAUUCUUUGGUUAAAAGGGGCCAACUUUACUCUGACCACAGUGGAUAUGAAGAGGGCACCUGAUGUGCUUAAAGCUCUGGCUCCAGGCUCUCAGCCUCCCUUCCUCCUCUACAAUGACGAGGUCAAAACGGACACUAACAAGAUUGAGGAGUUCCUAGAGGAGACCUUAGCCCCUCCACAGUAUCCAAAAUUGUGCUGUCGAUACAAAGAGUCCAAUGGUGCAGGAGAAGACAUCUUCAGUAGAUUCUCAGGAUAUAUAAAGAACCCCAAUCCUGGAUUAAAUGACAUGCUGGAGAAGAAGUUUCUUUCAACUCUGGUGAAGCUGAACAUGUACCUAGAGUCGCCUCUCCCUCAUGAGCUAGACCAGAACCCGAAUAUCAACGAGUCUUCACGCCUCUACCUGGACGGUGACAACCUCACCUUGGCAGACUGCAACUUGCUUCCCAAACUCAACAUUGUCAAGGUGGUGUGUAAGGAGUACCGUGACUUUGCCAUCCCUGCAGAGCUGAAAGGUCUGACGCGUUACCUGGACAAUGCCUACAAACGAGAUGAGUUUCGUUACACCUGCCCAAAUGACUCAGAGAUCCUCACUGCCUAUCACUCUGUGGCAAAAUACCUGAACAAGUAGAUCAGGAGGGAGAGAUAAGGCAGCGCGAGUGAGAACAAAGAAGAAUAGAAAGAGAAGUGCAGAGAAUGACAGAGAGAAAAAACUGUCCGAUUUAUACUUUAUUUGCGCCAAAAUAGUAAGAGUCUGGAUCAAGAAAAUAGCUUGCAAAGGCAUUAUUGAUAAUAAGCUUUCUAUAGAAAUAAUUAUUGUUUGUGUGAAUUGGGAUCUAAUAUUUUUUAAAUAGCCAAAUGCUACUUCAAAGAUGCUUAAAAGUUGUAUUUGUAUAUGCUGUAUAUACUGUAUUACAUGCUGUGGUUGUACUGAUGUGGAUUUCUUAUUCAGCCCCCGUAAGAGCGAGAAAAAGCACUAUAAAUCCCAGAGAAGUUUUAUGUAAUGUCUCAUUGUGUACGCAUGUAUUGUCUCUAAGCUUUGAUUGUGAUUGCAAAUUAUUAACUCAGUUUUGUCAUAAAUCAGAUGCAACCUUAGAUCAAAUAUUAAGUGUGUAGAUACAAAGCAAAUGAUCCUGGCUGUACAUAAGGCAUACUUAAGUUUUUAAACUAACAAGGAACUUUUUUUCUCUUCAUGAAAAUUAGUUAACACCCCUUUACAGAAUAUUUCACAGUGUGUCCACCUGUUUUUUCUUUUUCUAAAUUGCUGCAUGUAUCUUAAAAGUGACUUUAAUUUGACAUUAAUUUAAUUUAACUGAAUAAAGACAGAAAAAAUGUG